AUGCCUCCAAACCCCGCCCCAACAGCGAUCCCCAACUCCCAUGAACCAAGCUCCAGCCCCGAUAAACAAGACAGCCAGAACCUCCACAAAAACAAAAUCCCGCAGCCCAAACUGCGCCUUCACGCACAAGAGCUCCGACACCCAGCAACUUUAGCAUUCUUUACCCUCAUCCCAGAUGUAUCCUCAGCCCUCGACACAGCCCUCCGCAAUAUCGUCCAAUACCUCUACACAGAGCCGCAAGGGUCCAGCGAAGAUAAUACCAAAACAGAAGAUAACAUACGCCUAUCCUUCAAAGCAUCAGUCCCCCCAACGCGAUCUGUAACCCUUUUCCUCCGGGAUUUCGGCGGCGUGGCCUACACCACGGGCACGGAGCUCGACGACGAUCACAAAGAGAUCCAUCUAUCACUGCAGUACAUUGGAUCAUGCACAUCUGGCCCAUCUGCCAAGGCUGAUCCACUUCAUGAGUUGCUUGGUGUUCUGACGCAUGAGCUUGUGCAUUGCUACCAGCAUACUGCGCCCAAAACCGUUGGCAACGGUGAGAGCCCUCGUCCGCCGGGCGGCUUAAUUGAGGGGAUUGCCGAUUUCGUACGGCUAAAGGCGGGCUUGGAGCCACCGCAUUGGAAAAAGCCGCAGUCCUCGGCGGAGAGAGCGAAAAAUUGGGAUGCUGGGUAUCAGCAUACAGCGUACUUUUUAGCGUGGAUCGAGGAUGUUUUUGCUGGAGCCGGGGCUGUUGGGAUGCUUAAUGAUCGGCUGUUAAGAGUUGGGUAUCUGGGUGAGGGCAAGGAUAAGGAAAAGGUGAGCCCUGGAUUUUGGGAAAGUCUUUUUGGUGCUGGGGUUGAGACUUUAUGGGAGGAGUAUGGCUUAUGGUUAGAUGGUCAAUCUAGAGAUGAGAAGGCUCGUGGAAAUUGGGAAGAGGAGAUUCUCAAUCCCGAGUCAUAG